AUGGACCCCAGCACCGACCUAUUCGCCCAGUCUUAUACGUCGCGGACGCUCACAACAUCUCAAGCCCGAUAUCUUUUGCAAAAGAUCCUCAAAGCUCCGUCACCCAGUGCCGUUGACAUCCAGUAUGACCCUUUCGAACUUUCGUUCUUCCUUGUCCAACCUCCAUGGCGCGUGGACUUCAACGCUGAAGCCGACCCUACGCGAGGCCCGGUUGUUCCGCAGAGGCUCUGGUCUCCCCAAAGUCCCACACGUCGCCAACAACACGUUGACGAAGGCGUCCUCACCUUGCCCCUCAUCUUCGUCGACUUUUCCUGGACGGUGGGGGUUUCGGUUGCAGACGCUAUAACUGGCAACUGUCCGAACCUUCGUGGACUUCGUGAUGAGGUCCACUUCGGCGAAAGGAAGACUAUCACCCUUCGUAUUCUGUGGCCUGGAUAUCAGGAAUCUACCUCUCAAUUCCAACUUCGCCACCAAUCCAGUGAAAGGCCUAUUACAGUCUGUGACCUCGUUGGUCUCGUGGGGCGAGCACUUGACAGAUUCUUCAACACUGCUGAGCAUGAAAUCCAAUUGUCUGCUCAUGAAUGGAGAAUUGGACGUCACGGAGGGAUCGUAAAGGAGGACGUCAUUAUUAUUGGCGUCGUUCAUGUCCUCAUGCAAUUGGCCCACCCAAGGCUCUCUACGCAGCCGCCCGGUCCCGAAUGA